AUGUCCCAGUUGUCUCUAUUCUCGGAUGCAUAUCCAUCAUCUCUUUACGAAGGGGAUACAAUUGACGGUCUCUCAUUUCCGAACGACCAAUUCCAUACUCCUGAUCUCUCAGGAAGCCAGCAAAUAAGUGAAUCAGUAUCGAAUCCUGGGUUUCUUACGCCAAUUCCUCUCCUUUCGGUUCCUCCUUCACUCGAGCGUGUUAGUCCUGGUCGAUCCAUCGAAUUCGUUCUAUACUCUGAUAUGUCAAAGGAUGAAUUUGUUGCUUGGUGGUUAGAAACUGAGUUUGGCCGCAAGAAACGGCUUCAUUGGAGUGGUAAACGUACAGCAGCUUGCUGGCAGCACUUUGAUCAAGUUGCCAAUGCAAAGACUGGAAAACCAGGCGCGAAAUGCCGUCAAUGCCAUAAAGUCCUAGACCAUCCAGCGAAUGGGCGAUAUGGAACGACUGCACUUCAUCGGCGAUUAGCUGGACCAACCUGUCGUAAAUCUACCAGCCAAGAGACCAAUAUUAAGGGUUUGCUUAUAAAUGCGGCACAAAACACACCGGCUACCCCGACGGCCUUUACGCAAGAAGCAUGGGAACAUAAGCUGUUAAAACUGCUUUCCCUUUCAGGCCUCCCCUUCCGAUUUAUCGAGCAUGCCGACUUUCGUGACGUUAUCGCAUAUGCCAGGCUUGCCCCAAUACAACCCCAGAUUCCAUCUGCGAAAACAAUGCGGUCUCGACUACGGGGGUACGUCAAAGAGCAACAACAGUCUAUACUAAAGCAGCUUCCACCUAGCGUAAAGCUUUCGCUUGCAUUAUAUUGCUGGAAAUCUCCAUUUGGACAGGCCUUUAUGGCAGUCACUGGCUACUUUCUUGAUCAACACUGGGAAUACCGUGAGAUCCUUCUUGGAUUCGAACCUUUAUCUGGUUCACACUCAGGUGUCAACCUAAGUGAGGUGGUAUUAAAGCUCCUUCAGCAGCAUGAAAUCACAGAUCGGGUACUUGCAGUGACAACCGAUAAUGCCACGAACAACAAGACUAUGAUAUCGAGUAUCCAAGAAUCAUUACAGUCCCUUGAACUAAACGAUAGUUCAACAAUAGUCCGAAACCUUGCGAUAUAUAUCAAUGCUAGUCCACAGCGGCGGGAGUCAUUUUACAACCUUCAGACUGAAGAGCCUAAGCUUGUUCCAAUCCAAGAUGUUCGAACCCGCUGGAACUCAACGUUUCUAAUGCUACUAAUGCUACGGCGUGCGAAACGGCUUCAGUCAACAUUUGAUGAGUUUUGUUCCCAGUACGACCAGGACCACUUCGCUUUGAAUCAAGAAGAAUGGCGACAGAUUGAAUAUCUUUGGAUCACCCAGCCCUUUUUCAAAUUCACAACUCUUCUUUCGAAGACCAAGGAUGCAAAAAAUGCGUUAAAACGGAAGAAGGUUGCUUGGAAGCAGCUUAUGCUUAGUUCUCUUGAGGCCGCAGAGAAAAAGCUUUCGCAUUAUUACAGCCAGACCGAUAAGAUCGAUAAUAAUCUUUAUGCGAUUGGCACCAUUCUCUCACCAAAACAUAAGCUUCAGUUUUUUGAAGGAAAGGACUGGGAAGAUCCAGUGAAUGACUGGUGUACGAUCUACCGAGCAAGUCUCGAGAAUUACUUUGAAUCCUACAAACAAAGUAAUUUAGAUGCGCAAUCAGCAUCAAACCCCCAAUCGUCAAUGGUUGCAAUCUCAGAGCUUGAAAUGGAAUGUCAGCAGGAGACGUCCCAGCCCUUAUCUUCGGGUCAAUAUGAUGAGCUGAAGGAAUAUCUGGAGAGCGGCACUGUGAGAGCUCCGACCGCUGUGUUUUGGAAGGAUCACCAGCGCCAAUUUCCAGCGCUUGCAAACCUUGCCCGCGAUGUGCUUUCUAUACCUGCUACUGGCGCAGGUGUAGAACGUCUGUUCAACUCUGCCCGGGAUAUCUGUCACUACCGUCGAGGCUCACUAAACCCAUCAACAAUUCACGAUCUUAUGAUGUUUAUUACAGACGCUCACCAACUUGAACCUAUCAGUGAUCAUGAUGAGUGCGAAUCUGAUAGAGCAGAUGAAGAUGAGAUUGAACCAGUCCUUGAUCCUGCUCAGAUUAAACCCUCAGUGUUCCUUCCAGAUCAACCCUUGUUCAAUGGGCCCCAACUAAAACGCCGACAGCGCGGGCUGUCGGAGCAAGAGGAAGGAGAGCACGAAGAUAAUAGUGAGCCCGGUCUACCUGAUACACAGAACCGGCAUUCGGGUAGGGUUCGGAAGCGCUCAAGGCUUCUUGAUGGAUAUGAAGUUGCUUAG